CUUGCAUUCAUUCAAAACCCAAAGGCCUGCCCUGUAAAUGGACGAACUGGGUUUGCACAGUACAUCUCCAACUAUUCGAUUUAAUUCCAUGGAACCCGAUUUGAUCAUUCCUUUCAAAAGAGGAAGAUAUCGGUAGUGACGACUGAAGGUGAGAUUUUUAGAUUAUCUAUUGAGGACAGGGCAAGCAUAUGCCAUAUAUAAAUAUAGAGCAAUGCCCCCACCCAAAUGAAGAUACAAGCCGGCUCACAGAUUAUUGUUGAAUAUGAAACGCAGCAUAUCUUCACUCCCCUGCAUGAAAGCUUACCCAUAUAUACUCAAAACCACAUUUUUUUUGAAUCUCCACUACCCCAACUUCGGCUUAUAUAUAUAUACUGUAUAAACACUCAUGCAUCUACAUUCUACACUCUGAAGAUCAAACUCAAAAAUGUCUCUUUAUUCGCUUCUCUUUUUCCUCUCCUUCAUUUCCUCUUUAGUUCUUCCUCUCCAUGCAGCGUUUCUUCUACCUAUUCAAAAAGAUCAUACCACCAGCCAAUACACCACCACAGUGUACCUAAAGACCCCUCUCCAGCCCACCAAAUUACUUCUCGAUCUUGGUGCUUCCUUCACCUGGGUGGACUGCUACCGAAACUACAACUCUACCACUUACCAGCACAUCCCCUGCGGUACCCCUCUCUGCGAUUCCUUCCACUCCCUCGCUUGUGGCAACUGCUACGAGCCACCUGGCCCAGCGUGCGCCAACGACACCUGCGAGUUCUUCCCGGAGAAUUCUGUGACUCGUAAGGUCAACUUAGAAGCUGCACUAAUAGAUUCCCUCGCCGUGCCCACCACCGAUGGAUCAACUCAGGGUCCAAUAGCUCACGUCAAAAACUAUAUCUUCUCCUGCGCACGUACUGCUCUUCUUCAGGGCCUGGCUGCAGGGGUCUCGGGCACGGUGGCAAUGGGAAGGUCGAAUAUCUCGCUCCAGGGGCAAGUUAGAACUGUUUUUUCUGCUCCCAACUAUUUUGCGCUUUGCUUGUCUGGUUCGCGAAAGUUUCUUGGCGUGGCUUUUAUUGGUACCAGUGGACCAUAUAAUUUCUUGCCCGGAAUCGAGGUUGGAAAAUCGCUGAUUUACACUCCCCUGAUUUUGAACCCAGUCGGCGGCACCGUCAUAACAUACGCAAAUCACCCAUCCGAUGAGUACUUCGUCGGGUUGACUUCCAUAAAAGUCAACGGGAAGGUGGUGGUCUUAAAUCAGACACUCCUGGCCAUUGACAGCGAGACUGGUUUUGGUGGGACAAAGAUCAGCACCGUUGUUCCUUAUACGACACUGCAGACCUCCAUUUACAAGGCAUUCACCGAGGCAUUCGUUAAAGAAUCCUCCGCUAUGAACCUCACCCUAACUAACGCUGUCAAGCCAUUCAGUUUCUGUUUCUCCGCAAAGGAGAUUGUGAGCACCCGUGUGGGACCGGAAGUGCCGACCGUUGAUCUUGUGAUGCAAAGUGAAGAAGUGUAUUGGAGGAUGUUUGGAUCCAAUUCCAUGGUAAGGGUGGCACACAAAGGUGAGGAUGUGUGGUGCUUGGGUUUUGUGGAUGGUGGGGCAAAUCCAAGAACGUCGAUCGUGAUUGGUGGGCAUCUGAUGGAGGAUAAUCUGCUGCAGUUUGAUCUGGAGUCAAAUAGAUUGGGAUUUAGCUCCUCACUUCUGUUCCAAGGGACCACGUGUGCUAAUUUCAACUUCACUAUCUAAAAGUUUUUAAUUUAAUAAAAAGGAAAUCAAAAUUCAUUA